GGCUCGGUUUGGCACGGCGCGCCCCAGUCGGCCACCAGCCGCUGCGCGAGCUACGGGCAGUAGCGUGUCUCGUCUCCCAGUGCAGUGUCAGUGCCUUAACUGUGACCGUGUAAAGUGAUCCAAACGCCCUGGCACGCUAGGCGCCCGCGCCCUACUCACGCUGGCCCAACUGCCCGCUGCCAUCCCAGCGCGGACGGACACCGACACAUGGUUCACUGUAGUCCAGCUCACGUCGGUCUCGGAUGCAUUUUCCAAAUGAAGACAUCUCUGCCUGCCUCCCCUCCCUCCCCCCCUGAAGUUAACCAUUGAUACUUGGGGGGAGGGAGAUCUUUAAAUUCGUCUUACGGACCUGCAAUCCGACUUGAUUUUUUUUUUCCAUCCGUGGUUUGUAUUUUACGUGUAUCUACCGGGAGCCUUUAAUACUGCGCAUUAGUUCUCCAGCUGUACACAGUACUUCAGGUUAACGGACCAACGAAGAACGGCAGACUCCACCACGUAACAGUUUUUCCUGAACGUGCAUGACAAGGCGGCGUGCGAGGCGAUCCUGCGCGUCGAGAACAGCGCCUACCUGUUGCACACGAGCUACCCGGCGUCGCUGAAGAUGUCGGCCGCGGGCGCGGCGCAGGCGCCCGCCCCCGGCUCACCCUGCUGCUGCGGCCGCCCCCAGUCUGCCUCCGCCGCCGGCACGUCGCCGCCUGGUCAGCAGCAGCAGCAGCCGCCUCCGCAAAGGCCCUCGUCGCUGCCGCUGCGACGCCCGCUCUCGGUGCCCGAGCCGCCGCCUCCUCCGCCCCCGCCGCCUCCGGGCGGAGGCAGCCGUCCGCGGCCUGCGCUCUCCGCCCCCGAAGAGCCGCCGGGCCCUUUCCCGCCGCCGCCCCCGGCGCCUCCUCUAAGCUCUCCGGAGGGCGGCGGCACGUCCUACUCGCUGAGCGUCAACUGCAGCGUGGAGCGCGUGCUGGACUCGCGCGUGCGCACCUCCUUGCGGCUGGAGCCGACGCCGCACUACGCGCCGCCGUUCGCGCCGUCGCAGUCGCAGUCGCAGCCGCAGCAGGCGCGCUCCGUCACCUCCGUCAACCUGACGCUGCGCUCGCCGCGCACCGACGGCCCGCAGCCGCCGGUCGACGUGACGUCGUCGGCCGCGACGCGCGGCCGACAGCAGCUCAGCUACUCGACGGCCAGCUGGGACCCGGCGCAGGGCUUCCAGUCGCAGCUGCGCAUCUGCAUCGGGCCCGGCGGCGCCGGCUCGGUGCAGGCGGCGCGCACGCGGCCCGCCCCUGCGCCCGCGGCGCCGCCUCCCGCCCCUGCGCCCGUUCGCGUGCCCUCGGCGGCGCCGCCCCCUGCCGCCGCGCCGCCCUCGCCGCCCCCGUCGCCGCCUCUCGCCCCAGACACGCCGACGGACGAGGAGCUGCUACGGGCGCAGGUGCGCUCCCUCGGCGGCGACCACCUGCGACCCUACACGCAAGGCCACAUGCUGACUGCGCUGCCCAACUUGGUGCCAUCCAGAUCUUCUGCGUCUACUCAGCAGCGACCAUACUCAAGGUCCCUCUCUGAGCGGCUCCGAGAAUCUGCUGAGCGCUGCAGCUUGUCCCAGCAAUGCCCCUGGCUCGACUUAGAGCUGCUGGCGCGCCAGCUGGACCGGAAGAACCGGCUGGAACGCGCGCUGCGCCGCGAGCAGGAGAAGCUGCGCCGCAUGCAAGAAGAGAAGCGCGCCAUGGAGGCCGACCUGGCUCGGCGGCGCGCGCACCAGCCCUGCCUCUGCCCCGUCUCCUCCGUCCUUCAGAAGGUGCAAAGGUUGCGGGAUGAGAUUCAUCAGUUGCAAGAGGAAUGCAAGAAAAUGAGCCAGGAGGUUGAUCUUAGUGUUGAUGCCAGAGUUCCUCUGGGUGAAACAGAUGAGGAAUUCUACAAAAACAUCUAUACAGGCCAACGUGGUGUGGUAAUGCCUCCAGAGGAAAUGCCAUUCUCUCCCGAUAGCAGAUCACGGCAGUUUCGGCAUGAUCAUGCACAUCCUACAGCCACGCAUCAAGCCCCAUCCCCCACAGCGCCAGCUGGGGAGUCAACCACUGACGGACCCAGUUGGAUGUGUUCAGAGUGUACAUUCCGCAACCACCCUUUGCUGGACAAGUGCGAGCAGUGUGAAAUGCCGCGCAUCCUGCUAGGUGGGGAAACGCAAGAUAUUCAUAUCCACGUGACUCAUCAUCACAAUUUUCCUAUAAGAAAAAGACUGCUGCUGGAGAUGAACUGUGACAUCAGAUACACAGACCAAUUGAGCUGUGUUUAGCAGUUAGCAGAUCACUUAAAAUGUUGCUUGGAAGAGCAGUUUUUCAUGUAUGCUUAAUUGCACUGUGAUACUAAUGUGGAAAGACAAUGAUCCCUCCUUCCAUGAGAACUUGAAGAUAUCAUCUGUUCAAGGAAAGUAUGCAUUUUGGAACUGUUUACGCACAUUAUCUCAAACAAAGACUGGAAAAUAAAAAUUUCAAAUGUUA